AACCGGUGUGUAAUGAUUAAUAGCACCUGCGGUAAUCGCAACUAGAAUUCUCGUUACAGGUUCACAAAUAUAUAACCAACGCCUUUGCACGACCCCGCAACGCUAAUGUAAUAUUUAAAGGGUAGAGGACAUAGUUAACCAUGGAAACUAGGUCAAGCGCUGUGCGGCGUAUUGCUGCUGAGGAGAAAAUAGCCAGGUCAUUGCAACCAACAGGGGUAGCUAUCCAUGAUGGUGAAGACGAGCUAUAUAUCUCAUCAGAUAGCAAAACGUCAUCUACCAGCAGUGUUUCAGUUACAAAUCGCAAGAGAACAAUGAAGAUCACCUUGGAGGAGAAUAUCGAAAAAAAGGAAGUACGGCGUACUAUGUUGAAGGAUGCAGGACUAGCCGCGUUUCUUUUUUCAAUGGUGUGCGUAAGCUUUAUAGUUUACCAGUAUCUACAAGAACAUUUGAUGCGCGUACCUGUGCUUGAUGGCAAAAAAUUCGAUUACCCAGUAUUCCUUACAUUUACAUGCUUUGCAUCCAAUGUACUCACAACUGCAGUACUCAUGGGAGGAAUGCAGAUAAAGCAUAACCUGGACUACAAAAAACGAACAGACCCUAAUGAACCUAAAAAGAAUGUGUUCGACCAAUUGGAUUGCAAAAUAGCGAUGUUGGGAGCACUAGCAGCGACGUCAAAUGUCUGCGCCAUGGUAUCAUCCCUAGCGUCAUUAAAGUUUAUCGGAGUUCCCACACAAAUUGUCAUCAAAAGCGCUAAGAUGAUACCCAUUCUAAUUGGUGGUUUCGUAAUUUUCGGAAAGAGGUACCCAUGGUAUGACUAUGUCGCCGUGCUCAUCAUCACCGCUUGUAUCAUAUGCUUCAACUUCUUCAAGAAGAAUAUUAGGAUGGAAGGUGAAAACACGCCAUUUGGAUUGUUCAUGUGCCUCUUCUCACUAUUUUGGGACGGUGUUACCGGUCCCAUCGAGGACAAGAUGCUUUCUCUUAGGGAUAUCCAUCCGUUCUUGCUGCUCUUCAUACUCAACUUCUUCGGUUUCCCAAUAGUCGCUGCCACGGUAUUCAUUUUCGAAGGCCUAAUGCCGUUCAAAAUUCUUGCCAACUCACCCGAGCUUUGGGGCUAUAUAAUGCUGCUGUCAUUGGCAGCCAGCAUAGGACAAAUAGUCAUCGUAAUAUGCCUCAAGCUAUAUGGAAGCUUGUAUACCACACUAAUGACUACAGUACGGAAGAUCGCAAGCUCACUGAUCUCUAUUUUCAGAUUCAACCAUUACAUGACACCGGUACAAUGGGUAUCGAUGUCCGGAACCUUUGCAACCGUCCUUAUAAGGCAGAUUAUCAAAUACAAUUCGAAAUCGAAACACACGGCUAAACAGGGACACGGACAUUGAUUGUCUUAUUAAAAGGUCUUACAUAUUUGUACAAGCUACUGAAACCUUCUAUUUCAA